ACCGCUGAGCGGAUGAUGCAGCGCUGUACUUCUCUGCUCUCAGCUCUUUUGCCUCCUUCUCGUCUGGACUCCGUGAAGACGAGGCGAUCGACAGUCCUGUGUCCAACUGGAGCGUAAUCUAUUUUUUACCUACAAUUUAAUCGUACUUUUGUAGUUUUCUAUUCCGUAAAAUAUCUGUUUAACUGUCGCUUUGCCCUUGCCGACGAGGUUAAAUUGUACAAGUGCGGCUAAUCUGUGUCUAGACUUGGAUUUUCCUCUCCUUAACCUUUAAAUAAACUCAACCAACCAUGCUGGAGUCUAUAAACGUAACAGAAUGCCUCCACUGGCCUAAGGUGGAACUGUCCAAGAAAUCCAUCCUCAGUGACAAGGUGGUGAGUCCGAGCCAAGUUUAUCUGGACAAGUUCCCCGCGGAUGUUCUCAAAGACCUCCUGACCCUCCGCUCUAGCAGCUACAAUGUCCUGCUCCAGGCCGAAGAUGCAGACAAGAAAAAUCCCAAACGCUCGCCACAUAAAAAGCGAAAAGCAGUGAAACAAAGUUUGUCGAUGAACAAGAAAAAACAUCCAGCUUCUAGAAAGAGUCAAGAAUCUAGCAAAGCCAUUCAAAAUAACUAUAUUUUUUCAAGCAGUACCUCCAGUCUACACCGGCCUAGCAAAAGUAUGUCUGUAGUGGGGAGUACUUUGGGUCUGAUUCCGCGUUCAUCGUAUCUCAGGAAAGCUUACAUUCCCAGUCUACCUUCUACCAAGCUUCCCUACCUGAACAAGCCGGUGAAGCUGGAGGAGUCGGAGAAUUCCAGACGGCUGUGCAUCCUGGCUGCGAUCAAGCCGACCAACGUGGAGCAGGAGAAGACCAAGUUUUUCAAGUCCGACUUCACCUACAACCCGCAGUUUGAAUACAGUAACCCGCUACCUCCGCUUGUGCUGGCGAAACAUGGAACUGCAUCGGAUCGCUUUCUGACACAGGCAGUGCACAUCAUGGAGGUGGCCCUGCAGAGAUAUGGCAGCUAUGAGCGCUUCGAGCAGGUGACAGGAGGCAGUCUGCUGAGCAAGAGCCGCAUCUGGACCAGUGUCAAGAAGUACAUGGAGAAGGAGGGCUGUGUGGGAGAGAUCGUGGUGCAGGUGACAGAUAACCUCCUCUCCAGAGCCUCCAUGACUGUAGUGAACAGCAGGCCCACUCUCACCAUCAACACAGCCACAGCCAGGGAGCACUGGCUGGAGGGGAUGCUCCGACACGAAAUCGGCACUCAUUACUUCCGUGGCCUAAACAACUUGCACCAGCCGUGGAGCACGAGCAUAGGGCGCCGGAGGCACAACCUGAAGCCCUUGAACCCCACAGAGGAGGGUCUGGCCAGUAUCCACAGUGUGCUCUACAGAAGGGACCCAACCCUCUGGAGAGCCGCCUUGCUCUACUACACCGUGUACCAGGCCAGCAGCAUGUCCUUCUGCCAGCUCUUCCACUGCCUGGGACGCUUCCUCCAGGAUCCCCACACCCGCUGGGACUACUGUGUGAGAGCCAAGAGGGGCCAGACGGACACUGCACUGUCAGGUUGCUUCAGUAAGGACCAGGUGUAUCUGGAUGGCAUCUUGAAGAUCCUACGAUACAGAGACAAGAUCAACUUUCCUCUCCUCAUGUCGCUGGGAAAGGUGGCCUUUGAGGACGUGGACAGACUCAAACCUCUGGCUCAGAUGGACAACAUUCGGAUUCCCCACUUCAUGCAGGACCAGUCCAAGUAUCAGGAACAGCUGACCAAGAUCAUGGCGGUCAACCAGCUCACAGACGAAGAACUCAGGACCAUUAUCUAAGCAACAAGCAAAUUAAACCACGCACACUCUGCCAAUGGGUAGAGACAUUUAGUGCAUGUUAGUAAAAUAGUAGUGGUUAUGAAGUCUAUGUGUCAAAUUAUGAAUAGGACCACUUCAGCGUUGAUACCUCAUUCGUGGUAGAUUAAAUCGUGUUUGUGCCAACUAUAACAGGACAGAAAUCGAGUUUGAAAUGACAUCACAAACUGUUAAAUAUUGCUAAAAUGUAGAUGUUUUUUCUUCUAUACCUGGUUCAUGGCUCAUUGAAAGAUGCUCCUGGAAUGUUCCACCGUAGAUAUUUAGUACUAUGUUUAUUAAGAAAAAUACCUUGAGAUCUGACCUGUAACUAGCCCCGCUGAUGUCACCUGUGUAACAUUCUAGGUAAAGCAAAGUAAUAACAUCUCCAUGGCGACAAACAGAUGACAGACUGUCCACCAGAAAAGUUACAUAGCGUAUCUUUAAAAAGACCCAUUGCGCUUGUGUCUGCUAUAUAGUUAUAAUCUACUUGCGCAUCAUUGUUAUAAUUUGAACAUUUUAAAUCACAAUAUUCAUCAAGAAACGACUUGAUAAACCAAAGACGUCCGCUGACUUCUGCUUUGGAAAACGUCGAUGCUCAAUGGGAGCUGACGUCGCCGCAAACGCCGUCGCAACAAAGAGUCAGCACCUCUGAUGGAUAACUGCAGAUCACGCUAGCAAGCACCAGAUUUUUCUUUUCAUUUGUACCAAAAAUGACUACGCAAUGCUGCUGAGUCCUAAUUGGAGAACGAAGAAAUAUCAUAUAAUAAUAAUACCAAAUAAUUGUUAGUGGCUAUUCCCAUGGUAUUCUGCAGUUUGAAAGCAACAUAUGUUUGUUUUUCAGUAGAAUGUGUAAUAUUCUAGGUUACCCGCUUCAUGGCACUGUCUGAUCAAUAUUGUCAUGCCCUUAAGCUGUUAUAGAUUUAGUCAACAUUACCAUUUUGAGAGGCUGAGAGGGAUGAUGUUUUUGCUGCUGUGUUAAAGAGAGGGUCAAGGCAGUGUGAAGAGAGGGAGAGAGUGCAUUUAUACGAGUCAUUACUUUAUGUUGCCAUAACCAAUGCAGCAUCGAUCAGUAUCAUUACCAAAUAUUUCUCUUUGUAAUCCAAAAUAGAAUAGGUUUUGAAGUUUUAUUCCAUUAGAAUUCCAUCAGAAAAUGAUCCUGUCUUGUGAUAAAUCCAAUAUUGAAACAUAGAUUAAAAUAUUAACCUUACCUAUAGGACCAAGUGCACUUACCUACUUUCACUACAGUGGACACUCUUGCACUACAAUGUAAUCAUGAUAAUUACUUGCCUUUAGCCUUUAGCAAAAUGGCAAUGAUUUAAUACAGCUGGACAAUGUUUGCAAUAAUUGUAGACUUUAGUACUGUGAAGUCGAUGGACACUGAUAUAAAGCCUAGUUUAAAUAUUGCACUUUCUUACCCUGUUUAUGAUAUUCAAGUUGCACUGAUGACCUGGGCAUUAUUUGAUUAUAGAAUAUAUGUCACCGAUUGUUAAAACAGUGGUAUUUCUAUGUGAUGUUAUGUUUAAAUAAAAUAAAAACAUGCAAAAUGUG